AUGGUUGUCAACAACCUGGCUGAGGUGCUCCGGGUGCAAGGCAGGUACGAUGAAUCAGAGGCGAUGAAUCGCCGCGCAUUGGAGGAGUACGAGAAACAAUUUGGAUCGGACCACCCUGAUACUUUGAAGGCUACCAACAACCUGGCUCUGGCGCUGCGGGAUCUAGGGAGGUACGAAGAAUCAGAGGUGAUGAAUCACCGCGCAUUGGAGGGGUACGAGAGAUGUUUUGGAUCGGACCACCCAAAUACUUUGGCGGCUGUCAACAACCAGGCUCAGGUGCUGCAGAGUCAAGGAAGGUACGAUGAAUCGGAGGCGAUGAAUCGCCGCGCAUUGCAGGGGUACGAGAAAUGCUUUGGAUCGGAAAACCCUAAUACUUUGAUACCUGUCAGCAACCUGGCUCAAGUGCUGCGGCGUCAAGGGAGGUACGAAGAAUCCGAGGUGAUGAAUCGCCGCGCAUUGGUGGGGUACGAAAAAUGUUUUGGAUCGGGCCACCCUAAUACUUUGAUAGUUGUCAAUAACCUGUCUAUGCUCUUGCUAAAGUGGGGAAAAUUCAUUGAAUCGGAGAAAAUGUUCCGGCGUGUGCUAGAAGGCAGAGAGAAAGCUAUGGGCACAGACCACCCUAGUGUACUGUCCACUAUUGACAACCUAACUCUA